AUGGCAGGAAUGAUUAGUGCUUUUGUUGAAUUACCAGGAGCUAGUAAUCAUGAGGACUUCAAAUUUCCCUGGAGCCUAGACGAGAUCAAUCACUUGGUAUCAGACCGGAAGGCCAAUCGGCAAAAGAAGACCACUAGCCACGACGUUCAGGACGAGUUUCCAGAGUCUGGUUUGCGUGAAGAAUUUGGAAAACAGGUCGCGCCUGGAGCACCAGAGGCUCAAUCGAAGUACUACCCGCAGGCUCCUCGACCAUCUACUACCAAACCCCAACCCUGGCGGCCCAACUCAAGAACCGAACAGUAGUUUGAAAAAUUCAUUUAAAUACGUCACGUGAUUGGUCAAGCAAAAGAUGUCUCGUUGGAAGAAAAAGCGCUUUAUUGAACUACGUUGAAAGCCCGAAUGCGAUCGGGUCAAUCCAAGACAUCACAGCUCGCUUCGAUCGCACACAAGGAAGAAACCCCC